CUUGCGCUUGCUUUGCUGCUUAGUCAUUUUCGGAUCGUCAUCAUUUUCGAUUGCAAGUGGGCCAACAUCUUCAGCUGCUGGUUUAUUUCUUAAUUAGAUCAAUCGCAAUCUCUUGCAUCAUCAUAAAGUUUUACUAGAAACUUGUUGAUAAUGAGCACGCUCAAGGAGUCGUUAGUUCUUAGCCUGGAGCGCGCCAACGGUAAGGAAAGUUACGUGACGGGAGUGGAAACCCUUCUCCGGCUGCUGGACAAUAUAAUUCGCGAGCCGCAGAAUCCGAAAUUCCGCUCGGUCCGGCUGGAAAACCAAACCAUCAAAGCGAAGCUGCUGUCGGUUGGCGGCAUGCGAGAGCUGAUGGCCGAAAUUGGCUUUGUGGAGUCGGAUGGAACACUCACCCUGCCAGCAACUGUAGUCGUGGCCAAGCUACGCAAAUAUCGCGAUUACAUCAACGAACGAAAAGAGCUGAUAAAAAACCCUCCUACCACUUCUUCGCAGAAGCCAAUCGAACGAAAAGAAGCAGCAGAGGAGAAGAAGCCAAUUUUAUCGAGGCCGAACAUAAGAGCUGGUUUGCCAUUUCAGCGAAGGAUAGCCUUUCCGAAAAUUAUCAGCGCGAGGAAUCAGCUGCUUCAGCAGCUUGAGCUGCUGUCCGAUCAGGCGAUGCAGUAUGAGGACGAGGAACUGCUGCGCAGUGGGCGGGAUUUGAUUCCGCUGGAGACGCUCAGGUUGAGAGCUAAGGAGAAGCUGCGUCGGGUGCAGAAGAUGAUCAAGGCUGGAACCUUCGACGGCGAUGAAGAACCGUGGAUGGUUGAUUUGAUUCUGGAGGAACUGGUUGCCUGGUUUAAGGCGGAUUUUUUCCGCUGGGUUGAUGCACUGCCGUGCUCCGUGUGUGGUAAUCGAAAGACUCAGCAAACCGAUAGCCUCGUCGAGGAUGGCGUUCGGGUUGAGGUGUACAAAUGCUGCAAUAAGUUGGGUAGGUUUUAUCGGUAUAAUGACGUUGAGAAGCUGCUUCACACACGGUGCGGUCGUUGCGGUGAAUGGGCCAACUGUUUUACAUUCCUUUGCCGGGCGUUGGGUUACGAGGCGCGGUUUGUUUUUUCCACCGGUGAUCACGUGUGGACGGAGGUUUAUUCCGAUCGAAAGCAACGUUGGAUUCAUGUUGAUCCAUGCGAGAAUGUGAUCGAUUCUCCGCUGAUGUACGAGCACGGUUGGAAGAAGGAAAUAACGUAUGUUUUUGCGUUUUCACGGGAGGACGUACAGGAUGUGACCUGGCGCUAUACGAACGAUCACACAAAAGUGUUGCUGAGGAGGAAAAGUUGCACGGAAAAAGAACUGCUGGAUACGAUUGGGAAAAUAAGGACCAAACGGAGGGAGAAAGUGUCCGCUCAGAGGUUGAAAUAUUUGCGAAGGCGAACGAUGGAGGAGUGUUUGCAGCUUUUGUGUACCAGACCGCCAACUGAGGCGGAACGGGAAGGUCGCAGUUCUGGCAGCUUGGAGUGGAGGCUGCAACGGGGUGAACAGAAGCUGAACGUGUUUUACAUUUUUAUACCCAACGAUCAGGAAAUUAGCUUGAAGCAAUUCAAUUUGAGGUAUUCCUGUGCAAAGGAUACGUAUGAACGGUUUGUUAAGGGCCCCUCCGGGUCCAUAUCGAUUGUGGAGAACUCCAAGGGAUGGCAAAGCCGACAGUAUACAAGUGAAAACAUCUUCCGUAAGGAGGAGCACGAUUGGAAGAUGGUUUAUCUGGCACGGUCGGAAGGCACGGAUGAAGCUACAAUUAGGUGGAAAUUUGAUUUUUCCAUUCAGGGGCUGACUGUUAAGGAUAUCCAGAUGACGUUCGGAACGCAAACCUACGAGGGAGCUACGGUUCAGAUAACAUACCUGAAAGAAGACGGAACCAGCCUGCCAUCGAUUCGCAGCCUUGUAGGUUUGGGUAAGUUCACUAUUCAAGCAAAGCUAACCGGCGGAAACAUGUGGCAACAUUCGCAAAUAUUUCGUCAAGAAAAAUAUGCCACAAACUGGCCGCUGGAACUGAAUGUGCAAUUUUUUUGAAACUAUAUUUUUACUACACAUACAUUCUAUGUUGCACAACAAUUUAUAACGUUGUGUGAUAAAUCAAAUUAUUUUUAUGCUGAAGCAGCUUUCGUGAAUAUGUAUUAGAUAGUGUAUCGGAUUUUAUGUUUUUUUAACCUGGCUGUUCUCUAGUCAGCUCAAAUCGGACGGACGGAUUAGAUUUGAAGCAAUA